AUGUUAGUCAUUAUAAUGUUUGCCAUUUUCGUCAUUUCUGGACAAAAUUAUGCCUUCCAACUACAUGCAGGGCUCUUAGAUCCAGCCAAGGGUCUUAUAUUAAGCCAAAAUAAUUUAUACGGCUUAGAACCGUACAGAACACCUGCAAAUGUCAGCUCAUCUGAUUUGUCAAAUAGUUUUCUAAGUCCAAAGGUUCCAGGACAUAGAGCUCAUAAUCACGUUGGUUCGGGUUUACCGGUAUUUAAUUACCUCGGGAUAUAA